AUCAAGAACUUCAUCUUCAAUCAGGAAUCCAACAUUUCAACUUCUCUUAGGAAAUGACAGUUUUACCAAUGUCCAAUGUCAAAAACUCACACAAAAUCCCUCUUUCCAAUCUAUAUUUUACAAAGAUAACAAGGGUAAUUGAAGAAACUUAGCAGUAAGCAUCGAAGUCUUUUUUGGUUCCUUUCCAAACUGUUGUCUGUUUUCUUGAUCCUAUCUAAAUACUUCCCGUUCAAUGAAAAGAAGAAAGGAAAAGUGAAGGCCAAACUGUCUUACGCUUCAGAAAACCAAAUUAGAGUAACCAAAGAUCUAAACUUCAGACCAUGGCAACAGUCUCUACAGCCAAGUCCCUUAUCUACACACAUUAUUCAGUCUAUUCAUCGUCAAAAACAAGCUUAGGACAUCACCAAGAACAUAUAGUUUUCUUCGCAAGUGGCAAAAAAUCCAAGAGUGGCAAAGCCAACACGAAUCCAUGGCUGAUAACCUGCUCAGCAGGUGACCAACAGACAGUUGUGAUUGGUCUAGCAGCAGAUUCGGGGUGUGGGAAAAGCACUUUCAUGAGAAGGCUAACUAGUGUAUUUGGAGGUGCAGCAAAGCCACCAAGAGGUGGAAAUCCAGACUCCAACACACUCAUAAGUGACACUACAACUGUGAUAUGUUUAGAUGAUUAUCAUUCAUUGGAUAGAACUGGAAGAAAACAGAAGGGAGUUACUGCACUUGACCCAAGAGCUAAUGAUUUUGAUCUCAUGUAUGAGCAAGUUAAGGCUCUCAAAAGUGGAAUUGCAGUUGAGAAGCCUAUUUAUAAUCAUGUCACAGGCCUUCUAGAUCCACCUGAGCUUAUCAAGCCUCCUAAGAUCCUUGUCAUUGAAGGCCUGCACCCGAUGUACGAUUCACGAGUUAGGGAUCUUCUAGACUUCAGCAUUUACUUAGAUAUCAGCAACGAGGUCAAAUUUGCUUGGAAGAUUCAGAGAGACAUGGCAGAGAGAGGCCAUAGCCUUGAGAGUAUCAAAGCAAGCAUCGAAGCGCGAAAACCAGAUUUCGACGCAUAUAUCGAUCCACAAAAGCAAUACGCGGAUGCGGUGAUGGAAGUACUGCCAACGAGAUUGAUUCCAAAUGACGAUGAAGGCAAAAUUCUUAGAGUUAGAUUGAUAAUGAAAGAAGGAAUAGAGAAUUUCAGUCCAGUUUACCUGUUUGACGAAGGAUCAACAAUCUCAUGGAUUCCUUGUGGAAGAAAGCUUUCAUGUUCUUAUCCUGGAAUUAGGCUCUCUUGUGGCCCUCAAACUUACUUUGGUCAUGAGGUAACCGUAAUGGAGAUGGAUGGGCAAUUUGAUAAAUUGGAUGAGCUUAUCUAUGUAGAAAGUCAUCUAAGCAACAUUUCCACCAAAUAUUAUGGUGAAAUUACUCAACAAAUAUUGAUGCACUCUGAUUUCCCAGGAAGUAAUAAUGGAACAGGCCUUUUUCAAACCAUUAUUGGCUUGAAAAUUAGACACCUUUAUCACCAAAUUAUAGCCACCAAACAACUCUCCAACAUUCAAUCCGCAAAAACCUAAAAUUCACCUUCGUUUUCUUGGUACAACAACAAUAACCAGGCGAAAAAUCGAAUCUUCGACUUCUAAAUUGAAAGACUGUGUCAGUUUUUGUUAGCCUAAGUUCACUUUAGUGCCUAAAAGUCUCUUUGGGUUUUAUGCUCCAAAGUUGUUAAUUGAGAGAUUGAACAUAUCGACUUUUAGAAUGGUACGUAAUUGGUAACUUAUCAAUUCGGUUUGGUUAAUUAGUUGGUAUUAGUUGUAGUUUUGUGAUAUUUAGGGAAUUGAAAAUGUUGUUAAAAUAUGUAAUGAUAUUGGAGAAUUAUUAUUAUUUAAAAGAAAAGACAUUCUAGGAAGAGAUAUAUUGCCUCUCUAUCUCAAUAAAUUUUCUUCUCUUGAGAUAA